AUGGGUUCCAGGCAACGCCUAAGCCACGUGUCACCACCAGGGGGCCUGCUUCUUCAACGCUUAUCUAUCUUUCUCCUCAGCUUAGUUCUCUCCUCCCAGACUUCACUCGCCUGCUCCCUGGCUCGCAGUCUCGCUGAAUCAGCAGAUGACGUCACCUCCUGCUUGCUGACGCCUGAGCUGGUGGAGGGUCCCUACUACCUGCACAACCGCCUCAUUCGCGCUGACAUCAGCGAGGGCAAGCCGGGGAUCCCCUUCGAGUUCUCAGUCACAGUCACAGACUUCACGGACUGCUCGCCCCUGGCGAACGUGUUUGUCGACAUCUGGCACUGCGACGCGCUUGGCCUUUACUCUGGGUAUGCCAAGGGGUCAAUGGAGCAGGUCGGACAGCCGGACAAGAACAACCUGGGCCAUGAGCUUCCGACGGACAGCGACACGUAUCUAAGGGGGACCCUGGUUACAGAUGCAAACGGAGUGGCGACGUUCAAAACGAUCAUGCCCGGGUGGUAUGAGGGGCGGGUGACGCACAUUCACACCAAGAUCCAUGUGCCCUACCAAAAGGUCUGGACCGACCAGCUGUCGGCCUACGAAGACAGCCACGUGGUGCACGUGGGUCAGUUCUACUUCAACGACUCCUUCGUCAGCGAAGUCGCCAAGGAAGCUCCGUACAAUACCGGAACAGCCUUCCGUACGCCCUUGACCAAAGAUAAUUACUACUACGUUGAGAUUCCGGUCACGGAGAUUUCGCUCAAGGGAUCGAAGCUGAGCGAGGGGAUUGUGGGAAAGGCGGAGGCGAUCGUUUAUCCUUACUGGGAGACGGUCAAACCAGAGACCCUCAGUGUGGCCAGCCUGACGGCAGCCGCUUCCGCUGCGGCCACGACAGCAGCCAACCUUGCGGCCGGGAGCGGCAGCUUUACCGCCCAAUGGUUUACCCUCCUGAUCGGAGCGGUCGGUGGAAUCGUGAUCGGAGCAGCGACCGUGCUUUCCGUUCUAGCAUACAGCGGAAAGCUUUCUGCUGCGGGACCCGCGUUCGUGCUGCUGCCGCCAGGCGCAGAAAGCGAGGAGGCCGGACUUCAGAUGGCUUCGAAGACAGUGAGAGCAGGUCCACGUUACCCUCCUACUUAA